AUGCUGGCACAUGGCUACCCCGCCUACACCACGUCAUGUGCCUGGCUGGGCUACCCUGAUGCCACGCUGAAGCAGCUCUGCAGCGAGGCACUGAAGGACGGCUGGACCAGGUUUAAGGUAAAAGUUGGUGCUGAUCUCCAGGAUGACAUCCGUAGAUGCCGACUCAUCAGAAACAUGAUUGGACCUGAGAAGACACUGAUGAUGGACGCCAACCAGCGCUGGGACGUGCCCGAGGCCAUGGAGUGGGUGACAAAGCUGGCCGAGUUCAAGCCGCUGUGGAUUGGAGCCCACCUCCCCUGA